AUGGCGCCCACAUUCUUCGACCUUCCGCUGGAGAUCCGCCUAGACAUUUACAGCCUUGUUUUUGGCUGCGGGAAGGCUAUGCUUGAGACCAGGGUUGAGGAUGACAGCUGCUGCAUGGUGCCUCGCCACGGAACAAUCCAGAACCCUUCGCCACGGUCAUCUCAGCUCCUGAGGGUCAGUAGGACGAUCCUCCUCGAAGCACGCCCUAUCUUUUAUGCGAACACAGUUUUUCAUAUCCGCAGUCAGGCCUUUGCGGGAACGUUGCCGAGGCGUCUCACUGACGGGCACCCUUGCGCACCGCAUAUAAAACACGUCGUCUGGCAGCUGGAUUGUGAUAUGCUGAAACACCUUUACGCUGAAGAGCUUCAAAUCGGCGUGCCGGAAAUUUCCGACUGGAGCAGCUUCGAAAUAAGAUGUUGCGCCGACAAUUGGCGGGACUCGUUUCUAGGCGAAUGGUGCGAUCGGGAGGCCUUUCUCAAAGGCAGAGCUCAGGUUGUGGACUAUGCUCGGAUGUUCCACGACGCGAUGAGUGGUGGCGGUGGAGGCAGCCUCACUUUUGUCGAGGAUCGGAGUCAAUUGGGAAGUGGGCGCAUCAUUCUGAGAAUCGUUGGCGCUCGGUCCAGUCUCAAGCAGCAGCGAUCCUCUAGGAAUGGAGCAGUGGUCAUCGCCAGUUCAUGA